AUGGAUACAAUCAAUCACAUAUCUCCAUCAUUCGAAUCUUAUAUCACAGUAUUUGCAAAGAUCGUACCCAAAGGAUUUUAUGUGGUCGCAGCAGUGGCUUUAUUUCUCUGCAAGAAGGUCUAUGAUUUUACUGCCGCUCCUUAUAAAUUGAGGCAUUUCCCAAAGGUCUCCUUCUUUGCCUUUUCCAAGUCCAUUUUUUCCGCUGAGUCAGUGGAGCAUCGGACAAAGCGGCUGAUUUCCCCACUUCUUCACAAGUAUAAAGGUUUUUAUAUUGCAAAGUUUCCUUUAUACUGGACAGUAUUUGUAACCGAACCCCAUGCAGUACAAUACGUUUUGAUGAAAGGAGAAAUAUUUCCAAAGAAAACCCGGUUUAUGAACACUCUAAACAAGGAUAGUCUUAUGAUACGUCUAUUUGGAAGUUCAAACAUUGCAUUUGCCAGUGGUGAGAUUUGGAAACAUCAACGCAAGAUCAUGAACCCGGCUUUUCACCGCACUGCACCUAUUGAGCUAUUUGGACGCAUGAUUCCAGACAUGUUCAGACUGAUUGACAAGUCCAAUGGAAACAUCAUGCUAGCCGACUUGCUACACAGGAUAACCUUUGAUGCUAUGGGAAAAGCCUUAUUCGGAUUUGAUUUCAAGACUGCAAGAGAAGAAAAUUCUGAAUGGACAUCAGCUUAUAACGAUGCAAUGUCAGGAAUUAGUGCUCCAAUUUUAAAUAUUACUCCUUCUCUUGAACAUAUCACUCGCUACUUAUAUCCUGAUUACGCAAAGGCCAAAAAAGGUAUAGACAAACUUACCGAGCUGACCCUUGAGAUGGUGAAUGAAAGGAAAGAAAAAAUACAGGAAGCAAUAGGUCAGCCUGAUGAUGGCCGCGAAAAAGACUUUUUGACACUUAUCAUUGAAGCUGAAAUGAAAGAAGAUAAAGCAAGUGGCUCAGGUGGCCUACGAGAAAACUUAAAAGCUUUUCUCGUCGCAGGGCAUGCGUCUACAGCAAGCUCUAUAUCAUUCUGUAUAUAUCACUUGGCUAUGAACAAGGAUGUACAGAAUAAAGCACGCAAAGAAGCUUUAGAUAUUCUAGGAGAUGAUGCUAAUAUUAGUACCCCAACUGUUAAUGAAUGCAAGCAUAUUACUUAUAUUAAUAUGAUUAUAAAAGAGACUUUGCGCUUGAAUGCACCAUUUGGUACACUUUUUGAGCGAAUAGCAACAGAAGAUGUUACUCUGUCCGGGGUAUUUAUUCCAAAGGGUACAAUUAUAAGUGUAGACAUUGAGACAAUACACAAGAACCCAGCCAUUUGGAAGAGCCCGACUGUCUUUGAUCCCGAGAGAUUCAGUAAAGGAGGCGAACAUGAUCAGCAUGAAGGUAUUACGUGGGCACCUUUCAGUGAUGGAAACCGAAAGUGUCUUGGUAUUAAUUUCAGUAUGGCCGAGCAACAGGUUAUUCUGCUUAUGUUGUUGAAACAUUAUGAAUGGGAUCUAUCUGAGAACUCGAUUCACAAAAAUGGAAUUGUAUAUGAUGGUAUUUCCUUAUUUACACCAAGAUCUCUGUAUAUCAAAUUCAACAAAAGACACUAG